AUGACGUCACAAGUCCAGCUCCGAGAACAGCCGGCGUUCGCCCAUCGCCAGGGUCAAGAGCGCAGGGAGGACCGCGUGAAGAGGAACGGCGACCUUCUGCACCAGAGCACCCAACGCACCUUCGCCGUCCGUGUCACGCCUCCACCCGGCCGGCCUGCUGCGAGCCAGCUGUCCAUGGAAGUCUUGAAGGUGCCGUCUCACCUGGAGAAUCCCACCAAGUACCACAUCCAGCAGGCUCAGAGGCAGCAGGUGAGGCAGUAUCUGUCCACCACCCUGGGGGGUAAAUCUGCCAGCCAGCCCUCCGAGCACAGCAUGCCACCCGGGCCUGGCAGCAGCGCGCCCAACAGCCCCAUGGCCCUGCUCACCCUCAGCUCCAACUGCGAGAAAGAGAUGGAUGAUGUCAUCGACGAUAUUAUCAGCUUGGAGUCGAGUUACAGUGAAGACGUUCUGGGACUGAUGGACACUGGACUUCAAAUUAACAACCCGCUCCCUGUGUCUGGAAAUUUACUGGAUGUGUACAGCAGCCAAGGACUUCCAUUACCAGGACUUGCUAUCAGCAACUCCUGCCCCCCCAACAUUAAAAGGGAAUUCACAGCUCCUGGCAUGAAGCAAGUACUGGACAAGCCUGGAUCCUGUGGCCAAUAUGAAAGCUAUCAAAGGCCAGAGGGCUUUCCAGUAGAGGCGGAAGUUCGUGCUCUCGCUAAAGAGAGACAGAAGAAGGACAACCACAACUUAAUUGAACGAAGGCGGAGAUUCAACAUCAAUGAUCGCAUUAAAGAGCUGGGAACCCUAAUACCCAAGUCUAAUGAUCCAGACAUGCGCUGGAAUAAGGGCACCAUUCUGAAAGCCUCAGUGGACUAUAUCAGGAAGCUACAGCGGGAGCAGCAGAGAGCCAAAGAGCUCGAGUGCAGGCAGAGGAAGCUGGAGCACGCAAACCGCCAUCUGAUGCUUCGUAUACAGGAGUUGGAGAUCCAGGCCCGCGCUCACGGUCUGACAGUAAUGUCCUCCUCUUCUGUCUGCACAUCGGAACUGAUGGCACGAGCCAUAAAACAGGAGCCCGUCCUCGGCGACUGCCCCUCAGACCUCUAUCAGCAAAGCUCGGCUCCUGACAUGUCGCCUCCAACCACACUGGACCUCAACAACGGCACCAUCACCUUCGACCAGAUCCCUGCGGACACCGGGGACCCUGGCCCCUACGGAAACUCCCAACCCUGUAAAAUGAAGGAGUUGGUCAGAAAUAACAGCCUCGGGCCGAUUUCCCCAAGCGAUCCCCUGCUGUCCAAGAUGUCCCCUUGUAUCUCCAACAGCGUCGGCAGCCACCACAGUUCCAGCUCCAGUAUGGAGGAGAAAGAACAUGGCUGUUAGCAGAGCGCCAUGAGCCACAGUGACACUUUUAUCUGUAGCAUCCCAGCAAUGAGCCACUGAAGAUUUCCACAAGGCCGAGUGCAUUAAGGAACUCAGAAGCUAUUUUAAUCUUGGCUGCAUUUUUUUUUUCUCACUUUUACCCUUUUGUCACUGAAAAAAAUUGUGCGACUGUGACUCAGCACAAAGCGUUCAUGCAGUCUAAUGUAAUCUUGAGACCAUGCAAACAUGUCAUUUACACAGAGACUGAGAAAUAAUGACUCCGACCUGCCAAGUUUUUAGUCCUUUUAUUUUUGUCAUAUUUUAGACUUUUAAUACCUAUUCCAGUUAUACUGUGUAUUGAGGUGUGCAUGACGAAAGAUAUACUAUAUAUAUCUGCAGCAAAAUGCAGAAGGAGGCAGAAAGAAUGUGAGAUUACUGACUCGAUGAGUCUGACGGUUCCAUUGUGACAAAAUGCACAAAAUAUAAAUUUGUAUUUAAAUAUUAUGCAUAUUGGUAGUUAGUUUCUAAACAUUUUUAAAUUCAUAUUGCAUUUUUUACCCCAAGCUUGUAAUGUAUUCUGAAUAAAUAGCAAAUUAAAUGUCGGGCAAAUUUAGAAGUAUUAUUAUUGUUAUUAUUACAUGAGUAUUAUAUUGUUACUAUAAUUUAUUUAUUUUAUUUUUUCUUCUGUUCUUGAGAACUUGUUUGGUUUUAGGUCCUCCGGUGAUAAAAGAAAUAUAUAGAUCAUACUCAGUCCACUGGUCCUUGUUUUUAGAACCUAAACAAGUCCUGAUGUGAUACAUCUUCAUCAUCACACUUUGUUUAUAAUGAAUGUAAAAUAAAAAUGAAUUUAAAAACAAA